AUGCAAGUUGAGCAAGUAUCAUAUGCAACUCAUCAUAUUUCGCCUUAUGAGCUGGUAAUUGAGUUAAGAGAGCUUACAUCUUUGGCUUAUAUUAAUUUGGUAUAUAAAACAAGAGCAAUUAUUACUGUAAGUGUGUCAAAGAAUCGAACCGGGAAAUGAAUUGUGGUUGAAAAAGAUUUUAUUUUAACCCAUAUAGCUCAUACCCCUUUAUAGAUUUCUUUAUCCAGCAAAAUGUACUGGAUUAUUGAACGACCAAGAGAGACUCUAUUAAAGGAACGGGCUGGAUAUCUAUAUCAGGAAGUGCUAAAAAGUGACAUGUCAAAAAAUGGUGACAAGUCUGAAAAAAGUUGACAUGUGAACGCGCCAAUUUUUAAAAUGGAUUUAUUAUUAAAAUAAUUUUUAAACUUAAGAUAUUUUAAUUUUUAAUCAAUAUUUAAUUAUGCUAAGUACUUCUCAUAUGAGUCGAUAAGAACUUCUUAUACAUCGAGAUACACAAGCCACGCACUUUGCAAAUUAUAGCUCCAGUCUUCAUAAAUAAAUUAUCAUAAAAUAAAGAAAUUAUAUCGAGCCGGAAAAAUGCACAUCGAGUUGCAAGUUUAUGAUUUUCACUUAUAAACCAUUUUGAAUUUUUGCUAAAUACUUCUCAUAUGAGUCGAUAAGAACUUUAUAUAUAUUGAGAAUCACAAGCCACGCACUUUUCAAAUUAUAGCUCUAGUCUUCAUAAAUAAAUUAGCAUAAAUAAAAGAAAUUCCAUCGAGCCGGAAAAAUGCACAUCGAGUUGCAAGUUUUUGAUUUUUACAGCUAUUAUUAAGUUUAAAUAUAUAUAGAUCAAAAUAUUUAAAGCCAAUAUAUAAUGUGUAAUUAUAUCUUCUGUCUAAUUGGGUAUCUUAAGUUUAAAAUUAUUUUAAUAAUAAAUCCAUUUUAAAAAUUGGCGCGUUCACUUGUCAACUUUUUUCAGACUUGUCACCAUUUUUUGACAUGUCACUUUUUAGCACUUCCUGAUAUAGAUAUCCAGCCCGUUCCUUUAAUAGAGUCUCUCUUGGUCGUUCAAUAAUCCAGUGCAUUUUGCUCGAUAAAGAAAUCUAUAAAGGGAUAUAAGCUAUACAAGAGAAAGAAGGAUAAGUAUUGGAAGCUUGCCUUGCAAAUAUUUAAAAAUUCAAUUUCAUCAAGGAGACUUGCGUAGCCUUGAAGAUCUUGCAGUGUAUGGGCUUGAAAUUGCAAAAGCCCAGCAGUCUUUAGAUCCUGACGAUUUUCAAUUACUGCUUAAUGAGCCUUACAAGAUUAUUUAUCAAUAA